AUGGGGACUUUUAACAGUGCAGAUCAAAGUUCACAAUUUGAGACAGGUCUCCAUCCGGUGAACAGCGCUUUCAGCACUGUAUCCGGGGAAUCCAAACCAAUAUCUAUUUUAAACAAGACUUAUAAUAUCAAAGAGAGAUGCACAGUACGAAAUAAGCAAGAGCUUUCAUCAUCGUCUAUUCAGGGUCAAAAUGAGAUGAAUAGCCAAACAGAAAGCCAAGAAGAGCUUGACAAUGGGCCCAGUAGGCCACGAUUGCAUCUAUCUGACUCUAACGGGUCCAUACCUAACUACAUGUCAUUCGAUAAAUACAAAAGCUCUUCUCAAAGCGCAAAUAGUAUUGAUACCGCCGAAAGGAGACUUAAAGUGGUGACAGACAGAUUUGAAAGACCGACUCUGCAGCAUGCUAACGGUAUACCAACGGACACCCCUUUAGGCUCAGCUUCAUGCAGUGCUGUCUCCUUUACGGUUCCGAACCAGGCAAAGAUGCCUCAUCAUAGAUAUUCGAUAAGCGCAAAACCGGGUAGAUCUUCUCAAGUUCCAUCACCAAACAGUAGCUCAGAUCAGUUAAAUGUAAAGCCCUCUCUAUCUGAAGAAAAGAACUCUAUUGUGCAUAUGCCUGGCGAUUUCAUUUACUUCGAACCAAAGCCUAAAAAUGCGAGCCCCGAUAGUACGGCAUCGACAAGUGCAGUUCCACUACCAAAACGGGAAGUAAUAAAACCUUUCACUGGCCCUCAGGUGCCAUUUACAGAAUUCUUUCAAAAGGAAGACGAUAAAAAACUUCAUAUCCUUAUAGGUGCCACGGGAUCUGUCGCUACAAUAAAAGUUCCAUUGAUAAUUGACAAACUGUUUAAAGUUUACACACCAGAAAAAGUUUCUAUUCAACUACUCGUUACCAAGCCAGCCGAGCACUUUUUAAGAGGCCUCAAAAUCUCUACUCAUGUUAAAAUUUGGAGAGAAGAAAAUGCAUGGUUUGGAUUCAAAAAAUUAGGUGAUCCUGUUUUACAUCAUGAAAUGAGAAAAUGGGCUGAUAUUUUUUUGAUCGCUCCGCUAUCAGCGAAUACGUUGGCAAAACUCGCUAACGGUAUCUGUGAUAACUUGCUAACUUCUGUCCUGAGAGAUUGGACUCCAACAACGCCUGUGUUGGUAGCCCCAGCGAUGAACACAUUUAUGUAUAUUAACCCCAUGACGAAGACACAUUUGAAGAUUUUACAAGAAGACGCCUCCUAUAUUACUGUGCUGAAACCUGUGGAAAAAGUGUUAAUUUGUGGUGAUAUAGGAAUGGGCGGUAUGAGAGAAUGGAACGAUAUCGUAGAAAUACUUCGACGUAAAAUAAAUGAAAUAAGAAAGCCUACGGAAAAUGUGAAUGAGAAUAAUGCUGAUGAGGAUGACGACGUCCACAAAGAUACUAACAACAAUGAAGACGAAGAUGAAGAGGAUGAAGAGGAUGAAGAGGAUGAUGAAGAAGAUGACGAAGAGGAAGAAGAGGAAGAAGAGGAAGAAGAGGAAGAAGAUGAGGAAGAGGAGGAGGAAGAGGAGGAGGAAGAUGACAAUGCAGAGGAGGACAAGAAUGACAUGUUAGUUACGGCAGAGGGUGAAAUUCUCCACAGUGGUCUCGUACAGGACACCGUAAACAUCAAUUCGGAUCCAGUAUAG